GGCGGGGCUUCGGGUCAGCUGACCGAGGCUGUGCAGACAGAACCCAGAAGCCGGGACCGGCGGCUGAUGUUGAGGCGCAGCCAUGGUCUGGAAGAAACUGGGCUCCGGCAAUUUCUCCGACUGCCCCAAUGGCUCCCGCCAGUGGAUAUGGGACGUGUUUGGCGAAUGUGCCCAGGACGGCUGGGACGAGGCCAGCGUGGGCCUGGGCUUGAUCUCCAUUGUCUGUUUUGCAGCAUCCACCUUCCCCCAGUACAUCAAGGCCUGCAGGACAGGCAACAUGGACCAGGCGCUGUCUCUGUGGUUCCUUUUGGGCUGGAUCGGAGGAGACUCCUGCAACCUCAUUGGCUCCUUCCUCGCUGACCAGCUGCCCCUGCAGAGCUACACGGCGGCGUACUACGUGCUGGCCGACCUGCUGAUGCUGGCCCUCUACUUUCACUACAAGUUUAAGAAGCGCCCCUCUCUGCGGUCUACCCCCAUCAAUUCCGUGCUGCUCUUCAUCCUGGGGGUGCUGUGUGCCUUCCCGCUGCUGAGGACCGCUGGCCCGGUGGCUGCCCCGAGGGAGGUCUUCCGGGGCCGCACGCUCCUGUCAGUGGAGCCGGGCAGUAAGCCCUUCACUCGGCAGGAGAUCAUCGGCUUCGCCAUCGGCUCCGUCUCCAGUGCGCUCUACCUGCUGUCCCGGCUGCCUCAGAUCCGCACCAACUUCCUGAGGAAGUCAACGCAGGGCGUCUCCUACUCGCUGUUCGCCCUGGUGAUGCUGGGGAACACGCUGUACGGGCUGAGCGUGCUGCUCAAAAACCCCGCGGCGGGCCAGAGCGAGGGCAGCUACCUGCUGCACCACCUGCCCUGGCUCGUGGGCAGCCUGGGCGUGCUGUUGCUCGACACCGUCAUCUCCAUACAGUUCCUGGCGUACAGGGACGCGGCCACCUCCUCGGAGCGUCAGCCCCUCCUCCCCAGUUGACCCGGACCCAGGCCAAGCCCGGGACUGCGGGGCCCUCCAGAUGCCGCUCCCAGGAAGGGUCAAGUGUGGGCAGACACGGUGCUGCUGACUCUGGACUGGCCGUGGAGGUGCCCGGGGGCGCCUUGAGGGCCUGGCCCAGCCGCCGCCCCCACCUCGGAAACCUCCUGGCCGACUCUUCCAGGAACCCUGACUGGCUGACUCUUCAGGGAGCGGGGAGCGAGAGGGGUGCAGGGGCCAGCCCCCCCCCCCCCCGAGUCUGAGGCUGCUGUCCUUGGGAGCCUCGAGGGAGAGGCUGCAGCGGAGACCUCGGCCCCCCCGAAGGCAGUGGGCGCCCCUCGACCCACCUCCCUCCAUCUGCCCGCACACCCCCUGGAGCGGGGUGCACCUGCAGCCGGGUGUCCCCAGCGCUGUCCCGUUGACUGCAGACAGCCCAGUAAACGGUACCUCCCAGCGAGGCCUCUUUCUGUUGCUCCUUCCCCGAGGUGCUGUGGUCUGGGCUGCUCUGGGCAACAGCGGGGCACGGGGAUCUGGGCCCCAGCUUCCGGGUCCCAGGUUGGGGCCUGGAGGUCGGGAUAUGGCAGAGCCGAGCAGGAGCAGACUGCCCAGCCUCCGGGGGGCCUCGGGUUUUCUUACCGGCUUCUCUGUAACAGACCCCACACCUGGGGGUGAGGAGGCAGCAGCGAGAAUGACAGGGUCCCGGCCCCUCAGUGCUCAGGAAGAAGCAGGAUAGUUAAAGGUUCAGAUCUUAGUUCUGCCUCUUUGCUUCUCUGUGCCUCAGUUACCUCAUCUGUGAAAUGGGAUGUAUGUUAUAAGAUGGUGCAAUUAGCUGAGGUUAGCCCCGAAGUCUGGCAUGUGGUAAGUGCGCCAUAAAGGUUCGCUUUGAUAAUUUUCAGUUGGAGGAGAGGCACUUCCAGAUCUCCCCGCAGAUCAGGGAGACCUUCCUGGAGGAGGUGACAUGCAGAAGGCUGGGCAGGAGAUAACUGGGGAGAAGUGGGGGGUGUGGCAGGCAGGAGGAAGGAGGUGCAAGAGCAGUGGGAAGGGAGGAGAAGAGGGCAGGGCUCAGCCCUGAGUUCCAGUCCUGGGCCGCAACCUCACUUCGUCUCCCUGACCCUGUUCUGAGUCCACUUGUUGGCCAUGACCCUGUGCGUGCCUGAGGGGCUGGUCAGGGAGAGAAGCUGUGGCUCAGGCUUUCUGAAUCUCCUCUACCUGCCCCGGGGACGGCGGGGAGCUCGGCAGUGGGGUCUGCAGCCCGGUCUGGUGCCGCGUGGAUGGGCCGAGUGCAGCCUCCACCAGCCCAGGCUGCGCUGGGCGCCGGGAGGGGGGUGACCCCAGCUCCGGUCCUUGUCCUUGUGGAGGGAAGCUGGCUGCCGGGCCCUGGGGGUAAGGGCUUUGACCAGAAGGUACAAAGUGCCAUCAGAAUGAGGAGACUCCCCAGGGAAGGCCUCACGGAGGAGGGGCCCGGGAGCUGAAUCCUGAAGGCGGAGGGACGUCAGGAAGGGGCAAGGGUGUGUGCACGGGCCUGAGCUGGGGUCGCUGCAAAGCCAGGCUGAGUGUAGACAGGGUCGUGGGGCCGGGGCCAGGGCGCACAGCAGGUCAGGGGAGAGAAGGCAGGAAUUGGGGUCCGGCAGACCAGGGAGAGCCUCCUCUGAGGCACAAGUGGGCAGUGAGGCCAAGUCGGGCCAGUGUCCCCCGGGCCCGUCCUGGGUCAUGCCUGCGGAGUGCCGUGUGUACCCCCACACGGGGCUGAUGUUUGUUGAGCGCUUGCCGUGUGCUGGGCUGGUCGGUGCAGUUGGGAUGGCCAGUAGACAGAUGGAAGACAGGCUCUGAGGGAUUAAGCGGCUUGCUCGAGGUCGAGCAGCUUUUCAAACCCCAUUCCGUCCCUCCGCUGCAGGGACCGUCCCCCACCUGGCCGGGACUGGGGCUCUCGGGGUCCAGAGAUCGGGGCCGCGCGCCGCCCAGCUUCCCCUCGCUCCCAGGGGCGGCCCAACCCCGCGGGGCUCAGGCUCCCUUCCCACUUCCUCGAGCCGCCGGCCCCGUCCCAGGCGAAGGUGCGCCCGGGCCCCAGCUGGCUCGGGCCUGGGCCUGGUUCAGGUGCCCUCUGCCAGGCAGUGGCUGGCUCCACGCAGGGCCGUGACCUCGCUUGACGCCAGUUACCGGGGGCUCCCUCAUACGGCAGCGAGAGCCCCAAGGGCCGGCGCAAGUCAGAGCUGCGGGGAGGAGAUGGGGCAGCGCAGCCCUGCCCUUCGGAAGCCCUCACGGGGGCGACCUCAUCCCUUCCCGCGGGCAGCACCGGGUCGUCCGUGGGGUGCCGGCUCUUGCUUUCCAGCACUGCCCAGUGGGCUGCUUCCUCCUCAGGAAGCCCCCGGUCUGAUGGCUGGGGCCCGGGCCCGGGCAGUGCCCUGUCUGAUGGAGGAGGAGGAGGAGGAGUGCUCGCGCCCCAGCGCCCGGCACUGGGCGGCAUUAGCUUCUCCAGGGCCCGGGCCUCCCCAGCUGACGGAUCCGCUCAUUCCACCCCACUGAUGGGGCCUCAUGGAGGGGAGAGGUGCUCCAGGGGACCCCCUUCCUCCCCGGGGCGCAGGCCUCUUAUCUCGCUGCAGGCGGGGGGUGGCCCGAAGGGAUGAGCCCCACUUUACACCCAUCCUUCCGCCUGACUUUGCGCAGGCUCAGUGGAGGUCUGCAUCUAGGUUUCAGGCCCAGGCUCAGCCAAGAAAGGGGCACCGCCCUGGUCACUUGUCAGUUGUCCUUGUCCGGGAGGGAUUCUCCCUCUGGACACUCAUGGGGAGCAGGAGGCUGGGCCAGUCACCCCUAAAGAGCCCUCCCUUGGCGGUUCAUAUUUUAACUAUUGAAUGAGAUGCCGGGUGCGCAAACGCCUCACACAGCGCCUGGUCCCAGUGUCCCCCCCCACCCCGAAUCCUGGGGGGGCAGGAAAAGCUGGCUGGCGGGCAGGUGGCAAUCUCCUACAAAGCAGAAGGAAGGGCCCAGCGUUCCCGUCCUCAGCAUGUGGCCCCAGGCCCUCCCAGCCCGGGAUUAUUCAGCAAGCGUGAGACUUCUUAAGCCACAGCUUGGACAUGGCCUUUAGUCCCCAAAGCUGAGAAAGGGGAUCAGCCCACAGCUCACUCCCCUCCCCUCUUUACUUCUUCUGCUGUUGGACUUGGCUUUCACUGUUGCUGAAUGGAGGGACCGCAGAGGCUGCUGGGUAGACAGCCACGUGCUGAGACCUAACUACCUGCCCCAACUUGCACACCCUAACCUGAUCAGGUUAGUGUUAGCCCCGUGGUGGGGAGUGGGGAUCGCCUGCUGCUGCAGCUGACUCCAUUCACUUGAAAACUAUUGAUCAGUCCCCCAGCCCUGUGACAGCCCUGAGGACACAGCCACCCCCUGGGAUCUCUGUGCCCGGCACAUAGAAGUGCUCCGUAAAGAUUAUUUUUAUUCAUCAGCACUUCCCCACCCCCACCGCAGCAUGGGCAGACUUCUGUCCUGCUCACCCAGUACACAGUAGGUGCUCAGUAGACGUUUGAGUGAGUGAAUGCCCGAAACAACGUCCCUCAAGGAGCCCUCAAUCUGGUGAAGGAGACCGGCGUGUCACUCACACACAACUACUGAAUUUGUACACUCAACAUGGGGGAAAUGUAUGGUGUAUGAGAUCUAGCUCAAUAAAACUAUUUGGAAAAAGAUCAAAUCAGAGAUUUUAAGUUCGCAUGGGAAGUUAUGGGUAUAAGAAUAUAUUGCAUCUUGCAACAUUUCUACUAAUUUAUAGUCCUUACAAAAUGACCCAAAUGCCUAAUAUGCGUAAGACUGAAGGAUUCUGUUCACUGGACCGGUUCAAAGAUCUGUAUGUAUGUGACAAUAGUCUGUUCAUUCUCGGAAGCAUUAAUUGAGCAUUUACACUGAAAAAUUGCCCAAGAAUGGGGCGCCUGGCUGGCUCAGUCGGUGGAGCGUGUGACUCAAUCUUGGGGUCGUGAUUUCAAGCCCCACAUUGGGUGUAGAGAUUACUUAAAUAGAAACUUUAGGGAUGGGGCGUCUGGGUGGCUCAGUCGGUUAAGCGUUUGCCUUCGGCUUAGGUCACGAUCCCAGGAUCAUGGGAUGGAGCCCUGAGAGACAUGUGUUGGGCUCCCUAGUUAGCAAGGAGCUCGCUUCUUCCUCUUCUGUUGCUCGCGCUCUCUCUCUCAAAUAAAAUCUUUUUUAAAAAGUUGCAUAAAAAAGGUAGAGAACAGUGGUAGGAGUGUGUGUCUAUGAAGUAAUAUUUUUUUUAAAGAUUUAUUUGAGAGAGAGAAAUAGAGCACUCGUGUGGGGGGAGGGGCAGAGGGAGAGGGACAAGCAGAAGGACAAGCAGACUCCGUUGCUGAGCGCAGAGUCUGAUGCAGGGCUCAAUCUCACAACCUCGAGAUCAUGACCCGAGCCGAAAUCAAGUCGGGACGCUUCACCAACUGAGCCACCCAGGCGCCCCUAAAGUAAUAUUUUGAAAGACAGAAAAUAAUUUAAGAAUGGAAAGUUAAAACAUUAAAAAUAUUUGUACAUUUCUAUAUAUUUUAGAAACUUAAUUUCUUUAUGAGUUUAUAUAAAAUAGUUAGUAUUCUGAACUUCAUUUUUUAAAAAAGUGGAGUGUUGGUGAGGCGAAUUAUAACCGAAGUUUUUGUGAAACAAAAAUAGCACCAGCUCGUUUUAAAGAAAUUACAUUUAAUAGAUCAUCUGCUUCCUAAGGGCAGAAGAGAGAAUUGCAAACUCAGUGACAAAGCCCUCAGUCCAAAUAUUUGCAGUGAAGCUGGUAGGUUCUGGUUGAAGUAACAACCUGACAAGGUAUGAUUAAGUAAUCUGGUUUUCCUUCUGAAGAUUUUACAAAUUUUAGUUAUACUGAGAAAAUGAUGACGCAGUUUUACUUCUAUGAUAGGUAAUUUUUAACAUUUAUUUAACUUACUGUUUGGAAUGAGGGAUCGGUUCUUUUUAAAAAAUUGGAAGCUUUUGGGCACCUGGUCGGGGGGUGCUCAGUCGGUGAAGCGGCCGACUCUUGGUUUCAGCUCAGAUCAUGAUCUCGAGGUCGUGGGAUCGAGCCCCCCGCGUUGGGCUCCUGGCUCAGCGUGGACUCUAGUCCUUUCUCCCCGGCUCGUGCUCUCUCUUAAAUAAAUAAAAUCUUAACAUUUUGAAGUAUUUGCUCUAAAGUUUCAUCACCAAGAGAACAGGAGGAAAAGAUGCUCUUCUGGAAUUCUAAACCGGGCAGGAGG